UUCAAUUUGUUGAAAAUGCGGCUUGUUAUAACUUUAGUAAUUAUGGCGGUUUUUGGUGGCGUGGAGCUCGCAGUUACAGGAAAGGAGAAUGAUUCAAAUUCAAAGCACACCGUAACGGAUAUAAAAAUGAUUCGUCAAACAUUAGAAGAACUGAUAGAAGCACCGGGUCUGCAGUUUAUUGAAUAUGGACCGGACACCGAGGAAGGAUAUAAAUAUCAUUUAUCGGCAGAGAAGGAUAAGGAGUUUGUAGUUCACACAACCGGACCCGUGUUCAUACCAAUUAAUCAAUCAUUCGAUGGAUCACGAGAGGAGAAAGACAGAAAGCUGCUGCAGUUGUUGAUUGAAUCCUCCAAAAUAAAGUCAAUGGAUAGUGUAAAGAAUGAUACAGUCUAA